AUGGAGGAAGACAGAGAGAAACUGCAGGUGCUUUCCGAAGCCCUACAGAAGAUACAAGAUGAUCUUCAGUCUGCGGUCGAAGCACGCCAGAAGCUAGAAGCCCAACAACAGGAGAACAAAGCCGUGCAGAAUGAAUUCACUUCGCUUGCCGCAGAUGCCGGCAUCUACAGGCUGGUCGGCCCAGUGCUACUGAAGCAAGAUAAGACUGAGGCGGUCAGCACCGUCGAUGGACGAUUGGAGUUUAUCGGCAAGGAGAUCAUCAGAACUGAGAACAGGAUCAAAGAGCUGCAGGAAGGAAGCGAGAAGAAGAGGGUGGAGCUGAUGCAGUUACAACAAAGGCUCCAGAUGGCCGCGCAAGAGCAGGGAGCUGGCUGA